CGCAAGUGUACACACUCUCUCUCUCUCUCUCUCUCUCUUUCACCCAUCCAUUCUUCAAUUCUCCCUCUCCCCGAGAAAAAAGAAUUGUGAGUUUCUGUCUUAGAUCGAACUCCAAAUAAGCUCUUUGCCAAUUCCCAUCAAUUCUUCGGCCACAUCAAGUCCCAAAUUUCCUGCAUUUUUCUUUCCAACCUACCCCUCUAUUUGCUCUGGAAAAAAGGGGUGAACAAGACCUGCACGUACACAUUGCACAGAGAAACCUUGUCAGCUUUUUUAUCUCUGUGUGAGGAGCGGAUGAAAAACGACGCAGUUUCAACUUUUUCCGAGCUUCUCGUUUCUCACAAUGCGCAACGGAAUCUCAGUCUUUCGAGGCUCGUCGAAGCUCAUUUUGAAUAUACAAUAAAAAAAGAGAGCUCUUUUCAAGUCUGUAUGUAACCCUAGCUUUGGCAAAGAAAAAGGUGUACCCAUUUUGCUUAUUUUGAUGAAGUUCAUGUUUGUGUCUGAAAAACCACUAGUGGGUCGUGUUUUCUAGGGUUUUGGGCUGAUUUGAAAUCUGGGUUUCAGUUAAAAUGGGGUUUUGGGGUUGUGGGAUUUGGAUGGUUUGGGGUUUUAUAGCUUUGGCCGAGUGGUUUUGAAUGAAAACUAGGGCAGGACUGAAAUUUGUGGUUCAGGUGGAAAAGUGAGAUCCGUGCCGGGAGCUUCAGGGCCCAGGUCAAUGAAGGUACCUGCAGGAAGUGAAUUGCUUUUUUCUUAUGGAUUUUGGUUUCUAGAAUUUUUUUAGUGAUUUGAGCUUCAAAGAUAAGAAAACAAAUGUUAGUCUCUGUGGAUUUUGUUGGUGGGUUUUGGAUGAUUUGAAUGGACGGUUGCGUGAUUUUGAGAUUUUGAAAGAAACCCACGAGGUGGCCGGCACAAUUGGGUAACUUGGGUGGACUUUUGAGCUCAAACUGUUCAGAUCUUUGGAUUGAACCCAAGGAGAUUUUUAUCAAUGUCGGGAGCUCCAAGAGUGAGGUCUAUAAAUGUGGCUGAUUCAGAGGCAAGGCCGGUGCUCUGUCCUGCCGGGAAUGGAAACAAGACAGGUUCAAUGAUUGCACGAAAACCUGGUGGGAAGCCACUGAGGAAGGUGGAGAAAUCAACCGGGGAGGCUCCGUUGGCCGAAGAUAAGAAAGCUUGUAAAUCGCCCACGGUUACUACUUCCUCUCCCCAGCUGCAUUCUGUCAAUGUACCUUCAGUUCUUCGCCGGCACGAGCAGUUGUUGCAUUCCAAUUUGUCGUUAAACGCAUCAUGUUCGUCCGAUGCUUCUACCGAUUCGUUUCAUAGUCGAGCGUCUACUGGCAGGUUGAUACGGUCGAAUAGUGUGGGGAGUAGGAGGAAACCUUCUUCUUCAAAGCCGAGAAGUGUUGCUUCUGAUGGUGGUUUGGAAUCUCUACCUGAUGGAUUUCGGACCAAGAAGAGGUGUGCGUGGUUGACUCCGAAUUCCGACCCAUGUUAUGCUGCUUUCCAUGAUGAAGAAUGGGGAGUUCCAGUACACGAUGACAAGAAAUUGUUUGAGCUGCUUGUUCUUUCUGGUGCUUUGGCUGAACUUACAUGGCCUGCCAUUUUAAGCAAAAGGCAUAUCUUUAGGGAAGUAUUUGCAGAUUUUGAUCCUGUUGCUGUCUCUAAGUUGAAUGAAAAGAAGAUAAUAGCACCAGGAACCACUGCAAAUUCUCUUUUAUCCGAACUAAAGCUACGUGCUAUCUUUGAGAAUGCACGUCAAAUAUUUAAGGUCAUAGAUGAAUUUGGGUCAUUUGACCAAUACAUCUGGAGCUUUGUGAACCACAAGCCAAUAGUUAGCAGAUUCCGAUAUCCUCGCCAAGUUCCAGUGAAAACCCCAAAAGCUGAUGUGAUAAGCAAGGACCUGGUGAGACGGGGAUUCCGGAGUGUGGGCCCCACCGUCAUCUACUCAUUUAUGCAGGCUGCGGGAAUAACAAAUGAUCAUCUCAUUAGUUGCUUCAGAUUCCAGGAGUGUAUAGCUGCUGCAGAAGGGAAGGAAGAGAAUGGCAUCAAGGAUAAGGUCGAAGAGACGAAGCCUGAUAACAUGAUGGAGUCAGAACUAUCUGUUGCUAUCGAUGAAUUGAGUUUCUCUUCAACAUGAUGAACCCGAUGUCGUGUUUGGGUGGAAGGUGGAGCUCCAGGCUCAAUCAUCAGUUUACCUUGUUGACAUGUUCACGGUUACUAUUACAUCAGGUAGUAAUGGAGGUGCAGUUGUGUAAAUUUCCUGAAUUCCUCAUCAUCAUGGAUUCCUAGAUUGUAGAUUACUAAAUUGAAUCAAUUUAACUGGUGAUUGUGCUGUCAA